AUGAAGGCUAAGGCUUUGACCAUUCACUGGCAUCAGGACAGCCAGCCCAUUUAUUCGGCUCAUUUCCAGCCACUGCCUCCUGGAGUCUCCCCUGUUGGCGUAUUGUCGCGCAGGCUCGCGACCGCUGGCGGCGAUAACAAUGUGCGUCUUUGGCGUGUUAACUUGGCAGAUCCCAGUCAUCCAACCUAUCUUGCAACUCUUGCCAAACAUACUCAAGCUGUAAAUGUUGUACGUUUUGACCCAAAGGGUACAUUGUUAGCUUCUGCUGGCGAUGAUGGCACUAUUAUUUUAUGGACUCCAGAAGUUUCAGCCAGUGCUUCUGGAUUUGGUACAACAACAGCUUCUUCUAUCAAGCCUGCUUUUGGAGCUUCUGAAGACACUGCAGGAGCUGAAGACAAAGAAUCCUGGCGUAUUUUGCGCAUUUGCAGAACCAGCAUUGCAGAGAUUUACGACUUGGCAUGGUCGCCAGAUUCGGCCUAUAUACUAGCUGGUUCUAUGGACAAUGUUGCACGCGUAUAUAGCGCUGCAACAGGUCAAUGCGUUCGUGAGUUGGCUGAGCAUUCUCAUUAUGUUCAAGGUGUUGCUUGGGACCCUCAUAAUGAGUAUAUUGCUACUCAGUCAUCCGACCGCAGUGUUCAUAUCUAUUCUCUCAAGACCAAAGAUGGUGUCUACAUUCUUGGAGGAGGAGCAGCAGCAGCAACAACAGCAACAGUAGCAACAGCGGCAGCGACAGCAACAGCAGCAACGGCAGCUUCAACAGCAACAGCGUCAGCAAACAGUUCUAACUCAAGUUUGAGUGUUUCAGGUUCUUCAAUAUCUGCUCCUCAUCAUAAAAUUGCUCGAGCAGAUCUCCCAGUUCGAAUAUUGACAGCACCUAAUACCAACAAUAAUAAUAGCAUACCCUUACAAGAUUCGGCUUUGCACCCUCCAGCGUCUAAAUUCCGAGCAUCAGCUUCUCCUUCUCCUCAUCUUUCGGCGUCAUCAGCUCCUCAUUCAUUAGCACCUCCAACGCCAACAUCUCUCAGUGAACUGACAGGUCCUUCUUCUGUAGCUUCUCCAGAAAGUUAUCAUUCAGAUACAUCUAUAGGACCUGGGUCUGUUGUUUCCUCCUUGACUUCUAGUAAAACUUCAGCUAUGAACCCACCAGCGCCAAAAUCAAGUCAUUCUCGCAAAUCUUCUUUUGGUUCUUCCUCCUCGGCCACUUCUACACCUAGCGCCACAACAGCCACUGUAUCCUCAACCUUAACAAACUUUGGCUUUUCAAGCAACUUAGGUAGUGACAGCAACAAUAACAGCAAUGCAAAUAGUAGUAAUAGCAGCAACAACAGCAACAGUAGCAGCAACAGUAGCAGUAGCAGUAGCAGCAACAAUAAUAACACUGGAACCCCCAUUCCAACUAGCUCAAAUUCCGCGCCAUUGCUGCCGCCGCCACCGCCGCCACCACCUUCUUCAUCAACAUCAAACCACCCACAAUCACCUAUCAGCACUGCAUCGUCUAGUCGGCCAUCGUCUCCUUCACCGUCAUUCCUUCCACUUCCAGCAGUACGAUCCAUUGGGUCCCCGAGCGUUGCAAUGUCAAUGAUGCUCUCGCGAUCGUCUUAUCUUUAUCACAGUGAAACCCUUGUAUCCUUUUUUCGCCGUCUUACAUUUUCCCCAGAUGGUAGUUUACUCCUCACUCCUUCAGGAAUGUUUAAAUAUGCAGCUCAUGAUGCAUUUGACCGAUUGGGGACACCAACGGUUCCAGCGCCUGCUCCACUAACAAACAACCCCUUGGGGUCUGGUUCUUCUUCAGGAGAAGAUGUUACUAACACUGUUUACAUCUACACUCGUGCGGGCCUUAAUCGACCUCCAGUAGCACAUCUUCCUGGUUUGAAAAAACCAUCAUUAGCAGUAGGAUGCUCGCCGGUGUUUUACAAACUGCGAAAUACUCCUAGAGCCGUUGCAAAACCCGUUGUUACUAUGACUUUUGACAAUAAAUCUCUUGAAGACACAGAUUCAACUGUCCCCUCGGCUGCACCUUCCCCUGUGCCAUCAUACAUUAGUCCGCACCCACUCAAUUCUCCAAACUCCAAAAUCCGUAACCCGAGGUCUACCCCAGAACCGCCAUCGGCCACGCCACCACCAAUACAGCAAUCUCAGCAGCUUUCAGCACCCGUAUUUUCGCUAAAGUAUCGCAUGGUCUAUGCUGUUAUUACUCAAGACACUGUGAUUGUUUACGAUACAGAACAGCGACAGCCUUUAUGCGUUGUAUCCAACCUCAACUACUCUGCAUUCACCGAUUUGACCUGGUCUCCAGACGGAAACAUUCUUCUCGUAACUUCUACGGAUGGGUUUUGCUCCGUCAUUAUUUUUGAAAAUGGUGAGCUUGGCGAGCGUUAUACUGAUCCCAUCCCCGCACCACCAGCCUUUUCUUCCAGUAAUUAUCAUCAGUUCAAGUUAAGUGGACAGCCAUCUUCUUCCUCAAACACUUCACAUUCUACUUAUCCUCAUGGUCAUACCCUUAGUCAUCAUCAUCCACCAAACCCCUCGCUUUUCCAAUUGCCCAUUCAUUCUCCUCGCAAGCGUACUUCGGAUCCUCGCCCGCCGCUUCCUUCUACUGCACUAGUAGCUGCUGCCGCAGCGCAGGUCGCCGCGGCUGCAGGAUCUCCUCAAUCUACAACCACUACUACAAACAGUAGCCGAGCAAGCAGCAGAGCAAGUAGUCCUGCAGCAUUUGGUGGAUCUUUGGGUGGAACUUCUGGAAACACACCUAGCAGCGGAUUCUUUUUCGGAGGACCAUUGGUACCUCCUUCAAGUUCUCUCGGGCCUCCAUCUCAUAUUCAAUCAGCUACUAGUGCUACUGGUUCAUCGAACGCAGGACCAGUUCCUGUUGUGUCUCCUAUGCCAUCGAUAGUUGGUCAUGGAACAGGUGUUGGUUAUAAUACACCCCCACACACACCUGUUCCAUUAGGGCAAGCUCAGUUGGCCACUACAAGUGUUCCAUCUCCUGUCUCUUCUUCAUCAACUUUACCAACUCAGCAUUCUACUUCUCCUAAUAAAGCUGAAGCGGGAACUACUAGCUCAAAUAGCAACCCAAGCGUUAUACUGAAGCGUCCCGGACAAGGAUCGAGUACAGAUGACUCUAAAAAGAAAAAAAAGCGGAGAAUUGCCCCCACAUUAAUUGGGAAAAUUGAAUAA